AGAAUUGGCCUGUCAGGCGAUACGCCCAUCUUCGGAUUCGACCCUAUUAAUAUUGUACUUCGACUCUCUUGUGCGUGCCUGGCACUGCCUGUACCCUGAUGGCAACAGAUAAGGUUAUAUGGUGCCGGUAAACGUUGAUGGUAGCUCAAGGCAAGUAUAGAUCGUCUCAGUCGUUCAACACUAGGGCCCUUAGUAUCCCAUUCUUCCCCCUCCAUGUCCAUCACACCCCAAAACACACAAUGCGCGUCAUAUCGACCAGACUGCCAGUGUUCCACUCCUGUCGAUACCAACUGCGAUUGCAUAAAAAAAUGGAGGAACCUGCCGUAUUCAUCGAGGAAGGGCUUGCUAAUAUGUCCAAUACCCUAGAGCAGAUCCUUGAUGUCCUUCGAAAGUCUACUAUUGCGGAACAUAGCAAAGACGUCGAUUCAAACUUCUGGGAGACGUACAAGAAAGUUUCUACUGAGUACGAUGACGACUUCCUCGUGCGGGCGAAUGAUGAUAUGGGUAUUAUCUUGACUUUUCUGUCAACUCUGCUUUCAUCAUCGGAAUGCAGCCAAAUCCAGGAGACACUACGAAUGCUCUCUUGCUGCAACUGAUCUCGAUCAUGGCUGGCGGCCCAAUGCUGUCCGUGACAUCAGCAAUCUUUCCUCAACUACGAGCUUUUCUUCUUCAACUGUCUGGAUGCAAGCGCUUGGCUAUGCUAGCCUUGCAUC